AUGCCUGGGGGCUCCCCUCCGACCGACCUCCUGCUCAUCCUCCUCUUCCUCAACCUCUUCCGCCGUAUCAGCCUCCCUCCUGUCCUCCGCCCGCUCGUCACAACGCGCGUUCUCCUGCACGCCCGCGGCGCAGGGCAAGAGGGAGCGGCGGCUCAUGCGCCUCUGGCUCCAGGGCCCCGGGUCCAGGUUCAGGAACCACGACCCGAGCUCCGGGCCGACCCCGUCCUGGACGAGGAGGCCCGCGAGCUGGUCUGGAGCAAGAUCGUCGAGAGGGGCGAGUCGAUCAAGGCCGUCUCGGCCGAGCUGGGCAUCGACAUGCGGCGCGUGGCGGCCGUGGUGAGGCUCAAGGAGGUUGAGAAGGGGUGGAUCGCACAGGGCAAACCGCUCGCCAAACCCUACGCCAAGGCCGUCCUGGCCAUGCUGCCCAAGACGUCGUUCCGCGAGGGCAGCGACGAGAUGCGUCCGCACGAGCCCAUCAACGAGAUCCACGUCCACGGCCUCACGAUGCAGCAGCUCUUCCUGCCCGUGCCCGAGACGCGGUACUUCACGCGGCACGACGCCGCCAAGGCCUUCCACAGCGGCAUGCUCUCGCCGGACAAGCGCGUGCCGCACCCGGAACUCAUCGAGAUGGAGCGCGCCAUCGUAGGCGGGGCCGAGGGCGGCAAGAAGACGACCCCCGCGCAGGCGUUUGCCGACUUCAAGGCUGCGGCCGAGAGGUCGGAACGCAAAGUGGCGGAGCGGGAGGCGCGAAGGAGCGCCGCUGAGGAGGCAGCGACGCGCAAGGUCGACCGGGGCCGGUUCGAGUUCCGGUUCCGGGACGUCAACUCGGAGCUCGUGGGCAAGGACGGCAAGUCGCACCGGGGCGUCGGGUGGCGGUACGGCGUUCCGCUGAACGAUCGGAAGAAGGGGCAGGUCAAGAUCCCGCUCAGCGUGGAGUGA